AAAUCGAUCAAAAUUCAACAGCCACAAAUAAAUAAGAGUUUCACUUUUCAUUUACUUUUAAACUCCAUUGUUAAUUAUUCACUUCUUAAGGUUUUAUACUUUUAUUCAGCUCGAUCAUGGCUAUGAUGGCUAAUGAAUCUCCUCAUGUGAAGCCAACCCAUUUUUUCAAGAUCAUAUGUGAUCAAAACCUUCUUGAGGGAAAGCUUAUGAUGCCAAGAAAGUUUGUGCAAAAAUAUGGAGAAGGCUUAACAAAAAUUAUAUAUCUAAAGACUCCAAAUGGUGCAAAGUGGAAAUUAAAUUUGGUAAAAAGUGAUGGUAAAAUAUGGUUUGAAAAGGGUUGGAAAGAAUUUGUAGAAUAUCAUUCUCUAGUUCAUGGCCAUCUUAUAGUUUUCAAAUAUGAAAGAAAUUCCCAUUUUGAGGUACAGAUAUUUGAUAAGAAUGCAUGUGAGAUAAAAUACCCUUUCAAAAGAUUUGAUGGUAAAAGGGUAUUUAAUGGUCAAAAGAAGAAAGCUAACUUGUCAUUAGAAUUUCAUCAACCAUGUGAAAUUGGAAGUAGUAGUGGUGUUAGAGUUGGGAAAUUGCCAAAGGUAGAAACUUUGAAUCAUAUUGACAAGAAGUGUAAAGGAAAGCAAUUAGUUAUUGCUAAGAAAGUCACAGCCCUUGACAGAGCAAUCUCUUUCAGAACUUGUAAUCCCUCCUUUCAUGUUGUCAUGUGCCCAUCAUACAUAGAUGGUCCUUGUAAUCUGAAUAUACCAAAGGAGUUUGGCAAAAUACACUUAUCAGAUUUAGACAACAAGCAGGGAGAUAUUCAUCUUAGGUUAUUGAAUGGGAGAGUUUGGCCUCUAAGGUACCUAAUUAGGAUUUACAAUAGAAGAGGAUUAAAAUAUGAAAUGCGCUCAAAGGGAUGGAAAACAUUUGCAGAAGACAAUAACUUGAAAGUUGGUGAUGUAUGCAAAUUUGAGCUCUUACCUACUAACACUAUAGUUACCUUCACUGUUCACAUCUUUAAGGAUUAACUCUUUUGAGACAUAGACAAUUGAAUUUGUUCAACAUGUCAAGAAUCAACACUAAGGAGAGGAGCUAUUUGAAAAUCAUGUUUGCUACCAAAUCACAACCAAAGAGUUUAAAAAAUGUUGUAUGAACUAGUUCAUGUUUUUUAACAGUACUACCAAAUGUAGAGAUUAUUACAUGUCUACUACAUAUUUUGCUUCUUUUGUUGUUUGCACCUAGGCUUCACUUGAUGUAAUUUAAUUUCUAUUUUGUUGAGACAGACAUGUUAUUGUUGAAUUGAAUCUUUCAGAAGUUCU